GCUCGCGGUGGAGAAACAAACGCCCUGAUGCUAGUUAGAGUUAGCUAACGGAGCUAAACUAGUGACGUGAACCAACCGGGUCAGCUAGUUAGACAAACACGAACUCAAUUUCGUGGUUUAAAUGAUCGUUUAAACUCAAUUCAAAGCAAAAUGGACAUUGCCAGGCAUUUAGAGCUUUUUGAAAACAGUUUGACUUCAUAUACAGGAGACGACCCGCUGGAGCCAUGGGACAGGUUUGUGCAGUACUUGGAAAAGAAAAUACCUGCGGAAGAUUCCAGUGGAAUGUCGCUGGUGUUUGACCGACUUGUACAGAGAUUCCUGCAUGAGGAGAAAUACGCCAACGACACCAGAUAUGUGAACCACUGCAUCAGAUGUGGGACCUUCUACGCUGAGCCCAUCGCUUUGUACAGUUACAUCCACGGGAAGGGCGUCGGCACCCGGACCGCAGCGCUUUACGUGGCCUGGGCGCAGCAGUUUGAACAGCGGGGAAUGAACGAUCAGGCGGACGUCGUGUACCAGAGGGCCGUGGAGAACCAAGCGCAGCCGGCAGACACUGUUCUCCACGAAUACAGGCAGUUUCAGUUGAGAACCUCGAGAAGCCAGGCAGCAGUAUCAGCAGGAAGUCAGGCCCCGCUUCAGAGCUCACAAUUGGUCAAUCAGAUGUCAUCGCGCAGGGAACCUCAAGCCCAGAGCAAGGGCUCCGUAGACUGUCUCUCUCAGCUGCCUGAGGAUAAAACCAUCAGAAUAAUCUCCCGCUCUGAGAAUUCGGGGCUGGUUCACUCCAGUCAAAGCUCGGCCGCCGCCAUUCAGACCAUAUCAGUGUACAGGAAGGAAGACCUCGAAUGUGAAGGAUCUGAGCUGAGCUUCGAGGAGGUCAGAGCGGCCAGAUACUUCUUUAAGUUGAAGCAGGAAAAGGAGCGCAGAGAAGACGAGGCCCAGCAGAAAAUGGUGAGGAAGCAGAAGGAGGACAUCCUGAGCAUGAGAGGGAUGCUGGACGAGCUGAACCAGGGUCUGGAGGCCUGCGGGGGUUUCACCAGCCAGCCUGUCACACAGCAGGUAUCGGAAGCAGAACCUGCAGCCAGCGUGAAUCCUCCUCUUACCCAGCAUUCAUUCGGGCAGCCUCGGCCCUCGAACCGUCUCAGCAGUCGGCUCUCUCUGGGCUUGAGGUUGCACUCUGAGCCGACCUUCAUCCAUGAGACGAGCACGGCACCCGAACCUCCACAACAGGAGAGCCUCACCAGGGCUGCCUCCAUAAACACACAGAGCUCCGAGGUGUCCCAUCAUGCCUCUCUCCUGGCAGACAGAAGUGUUUGUUCAUCUGGAUCAGCACAGGUUUCCACCCAGGUGUUUUCCGCUCGGGCCUCGCUGGUUCAUCCCCGGCCUGUUGAGCAGCCUGCGGCCUUUGAACCGUCGUCGUUCUCGGCGCCUCAGAGGCCAGCCUGCUUCUCUGGUGUGAACGAUGUCAGUCUCUGCCAGGAUGAUCACGUUCAGCAACACGGCACCACAGAUCAGGCUUUGCCUGUCAGCGCAGCACCAGCACAGCCUGAGGAGAAACUAGAUGUGUCACAGGGAAGCACAGCUAACCUGUCGCACAUCACACCCAACAAUUCACUGGGAUUUGUUCACGCCACACCAUCAAGGGUGCUGCCGUCACCCACUGUCAACACACGUGAGGCACUGGAUGUGAUCAUGGACAUGUUCCAAGCCCCAACGCUCCUGGAAAACACGUUCAGCAACACAUCAAUGCACCACACAACUGAGAGGGACUUUGCCGCCUAUCCUGGAAAUGGAGCUGCCUCUUCAUUCUCCAAGCCUCCCAGCACAACUCCCUUCACCAUCUUCCAGGAUGACAAUGAGGACAACAACAAAGAAAACUGCAGUGCUGCUGCUCCAGUGGUUCAGAAGGCUAAACCAACCAAGGCCCUGGCUGUCAUCCCUGUGUCUAAAGCAGACAAUGAGACUCCGGAGCUGAUGCCAGAUGAGAGCACCAUGUGGGGAGCUCGCUACAACUCCCUCAACUCGCUAGCCGCCUGCCCCAACAGCACCACAGACUUUGCCAUGUUGGCCCAGAUGGUCUCCACUCCCUUCACACACAAAGCUCCUUUCUUCAGCGACUCAUACCAGAGCCAAGAGAACAACUGUGCUGAAACUUUUGAUGAUGCUGAGGAUAAUCCUUACAUCGUACGACAACCCAAAAAACUCAGCCCCAUCAUGGAGCAGAGCCCAUCUGAUGAGAAGCUCUCUGAAACAACACUGGGCCAUUUGAGAGCCAAAGGUGCUGCUGAGCAAGGCACUAUAGUCGGGGAUGGGCUCGCCACAACCCAGCACAGCAUGGCAGCGUCCUCCGUCACCGUGGUGCAGCCUCCGCCCCCCGCUGUGCUGUCCUUCAGAGACCAGACACUGGUUCACGCCGACGCCUCCGUCCACAUCUCCAGGAGCCCCACGAAGUCCACAGGACCGGGCUGGGAUGUGUAUAUGAGCCCAGAGCAGCCUCCCAAACCAGCCUCCCCGCCCCCACUGAAACCUGAAAGUUCAGCCAAACGCAAAAGCCACAUUUUUACCAUCAAGAAAGAUUUCGACAAGCCCCCCAGCCCAGAACAAGCUGCACGGCCUGCGUUUGGCAUCCCCGAGAGCCCAGAGAGCGCGCCCGCACUGGACUGGCUCGCUAUCAGAAGCCCGCAAGCCGUAGCCGAGCCGGACCUGGAUGCCUUCAUGAGUCCUCGUCGGGCUGAGAGAAUGGAGGCCUCCCCCCAGAAGAGCCUGGACGUCCCCAUGAGCCCAGAACAGCCGAAGCUCUGUGCUGACGUGCCCAUGAGCCCCAUGCAGCAGUCCCAGCUUGACACUUGGGAUGAACCGAUGAAUCUGGAGAGGGGGACGAAGAUGAGCAUCGAUGUGCCGAUGAGUCCGGCAGCACCCAGCUCAGCACACCAGCUGGUCUGUGAUCCCUGGGAUACUGAACUGAUAAGCGGCCUGCUUUCUUCAAUGAACCCCCCUCUUACCUCUCACCCGUACUGCAUCACCUGGAAGUGUCCGAUACCCAGCAUCGCCCCCAAGACAACCAUCACCAUGGGGAAGGCGUCCCUGCGAGUCGACUGCAUACUGGGGGAAGGGGCCUUCGCCACGGUCUACCGGGCCACCGACCCCACGACAUCAGAAAAGAUUGUUUUAAAGGUUCAGAAACCAGCCAAUCCCUGGGAGUUUUACAUCAACACUCAGCUGGACGCUCGGCUGCCGCCCAACGUUCGCCACCUUUACAGCAACAUCCACUCUGCCCACCUCUUCCACAACGGGAGUAUCUUACUGAACGAGCUGCACAGCUGCGGCACCCUGCUGAACGCAGUGAACAUGUACAAGAAGCUGAAUGAGAUGAUGCCGCAGCCGCUGGUCAUUUACUUCACUGUGUGUAUCCUGCACAUGGUGGAGCAGCUGCACAGCAUCCACAUCAUCCACGCCGACAUCAAACCCGACAACUUCAUGCUGGGAGAAAGGUUCCUGGAGAACAAGAGCUUUGACCCAGACAACCUGGAUCACGGCUUGGCCCUCAUCGACCUGGGACAGAGCAUAGACAUGGACGUUUUCACACAAGGCACUGCCUUCACCGCCAGGUGUCUGACCUCCGGCUUCCAGUGCACCGAGAUGCUCAGCGGCAGACCGUGGAGCUAUCAGACCGACUACUUUGGGAUAGCAGGGACUGUCCACUGCAUGCUGUUUGGCACGUACAUGCAGGUCACGCAGGAGGACGGUGUGUGGAAGACCAACACUGUCUUUAGACGAAACCCCCAUGCAGACAUGUGGCUGGAGUUCUUCCACACGCUGCUGAACGUGCCGGACUGUAAGUCUCUGCCGAGCCUGAGCGCCCUGCGCCGCCGCCUGACCGCCGUCCUGCAGCAGAACUACAGCAGCAAGCUGCCCACGCUGAAGAACCGCCUGGUGGUUCUGCUGCUGGAGAACCUCCGCUCCGCCAGGAGAUGACACCUCCUCUUCUUCCUCCUUUACACCCUCCUCUCCCUCCUCAUACCCCUUCCUUUUCCACUUCCCCUUCCUCCUCACCUCUCCUCUCCUCUCUUUCUUUCCUCCUCCAUCUCAAAAUAUGAACUUUUGACAACAACAAAAAAAAGAAGACAAAUUGUUUGCUUACAGUUCUGAACAGAAGUUACAAAAUGUGCACCGAUGGAGAGAGCAUGGUUUAAAUUUCAGAUUUUAAGUUUGUGAUCACUUUUUAAGAUCUGUUCUUAGUUUGUACAUACAAAAAAUGUAGAUUAUUAUUCAGGUUUUUUUUUUUUCCGCUGAUAAAUUCUUUUUCUUGUGUAAAGAAUAAAAAGUGUGUGUUUUAUUUAGUACAGCAUAAAGUGUCAUGGUUUGUCGUCUGUGGUGUUACACAGCGAUUAUUCUAUUUCUGUGGAUAUUGAAACUUGUAUGAGUGGAUACUGCUGACUUUAUCUUGUUCAAUUUUGUAAUAUUUUUGUACGUUUACUAUAGAAUAUGUGGGUGCAGACAUUUUUCUAUAUGCAGCAUUGUUCUAAAAUUAAUAACAGAUCUUUCUUAACUUAUUUUAGGCACACAAGUCCCUUUUUAUUGCCUUCAUUUUGCUUUAAUUUUACACAAACAUCC